UGAACGGUAAGGUAGAUGAUAUAGCACGACAUCUUCUUGAUGUUCUGCAAAUAAUGGCUCCACAUAGGUCUUUCACAUCUACUUCUCAUGCCAAGUAUUUGUUGGCUUCUUCAUACAAAAGGAGAGCUUAUCCCUCUCAGAGUCUCAGGUUUGACUAGGGAGACCCAACGGAGACCAUCUAUUUGCCUUGGUGAUGGAUGGAUUGACACGACAAAUUUAAGGUGAGGUGUCAUGGUGUAUGUUGUUCGCGGAUGACAUAGUCUUGCUAGACGAGACUCGCAGCGGAGUCAACUCUAAGCUAGAAGAUUGGAGACAAACGUUAGAGUCUAAAGGAUUCAAGUUGAGUAGGACCAAAACAGAGUACUUGGAGUGCAAGUUCAGUGGUGUACCUCAGGAGGCUGACGUGGAAGUGAAGUUUGGUACUCAGGUCAUUCAAAAGAAAGGAAGUUUCAAGUAUCUUGGGUCUAUUUUACAAGAAAAUGGGGAUAUUGACGAUGAUGUCACACAUCGUAUUGGUGCAGGAUGGUUGAAAUGGAGGCUCGCUUCCAGAGUGCUGUGUGGCAAGAAAGUGCCACCAAAACUUAAGGGUAAGUUCUACAAAGUGGUGGUUAGACCGACUCUGUUGUACGGGGCAGAGUGUUGGCCAGUCAAGAACUCUCACGUGCAGAAGAUGAAAGUCGCGGAAAUGAGAAUGCUGCGGUGGAUGUGUGGGCACACUAGGAGAGAUAGGAUCAGGAAUGAGGACAUCAGGGACAAGGUGGGAGUGGCAUCGGUGGAGGACAAGAUGCGAGAAGCGAGGUUGAGAUGGUUUUGGCAUGUGAAGAGGAGAGGCAUAGAUGCCCCAGUGCAGAGGUGUGAGAGGUUGGCUUUGGACGGUUUUAGGAGAGGUAGAGGAAGGCCAAAGAAAUAUUGGGGAGAGGUGAUUAGGCAGGACUUGGCGUUGUUUCAGAUUACCGAGGACAUGACCUUAGAUAGGAGGUUGUGGAGGGCUCAGAUUAGGGUAGAAGGCUAGUAGGUAGUCUCGCUUUUCUGUCGCACUAGUAGCUAGGCGUAGCUUUGCUCUACUUUUUAUUGUCCUAUGUUUCCUGCUUUUAUGUGUUGGUCUUGUCUCUCCAUGCUGUUUUAUCAUGAC